UCCUACCCUUGGGAUAUGACCGCGGUGCCUCCCUUCGCGGUGCACCCUAUGAUUUCCGCAAAGCACCAAAUGAGAACCAAGACUUCUUCACCAAAAUGAAACUUCUGGUGGAAGACACUUAUCAGCAGAAUAACAACACCCCAGUCCUCUUAGUUGCACACUCAAUGGGUGGGCCCAUGUCCCUCCUUUUCCUGCAAGACCAAAUCCAAGCUUGGAAGGAUAAGUAUAUCCGUGCAAUGGUGACGCUAUCAGGAGCAUGGGGAGGCUCUAUCAAAGCCCUUAAAGUCUUUGCCAUUGGUAAGUGGAGUAAGUCUCACUUUAUAAUUUAUCCAAGUUUGAUUGUGAUGCUUAGAAAAUCAUGUAAUCAAUCCCCAAAAACAAUAGAAAAGAGUAAAAUUUGGACAAAUUGGAACAUGAGUUUUUUUUAAUUCUCACAAGGUCCCUUGUUAUGUUUCAAAUAAACAUGAUUUAUGUGA